CACUUGACAAUGCACUCUCUGCCAAUCCAGGAAGCCUGGCCUAUAUAUCAAGAGCUCCAUUGAAACAUUGGCAGACUGGUUUUAGAAUAACAUGUGCCACAAUUAGGCCAGAGGCAGGAUCAUCGGAGAGUUUAGUCUAUAGACAGGCCCACAGAGCUGGGAAGCUAUAACCUAGAGAAAUCAUGGCUAGUUCCUCAAGUAAAAGACCAUCCUCACCAUUACCAUCCACUUCUUCAUUACGACCAGGAGUUGUGGAGACAAGUGCGGACAGCGCCAUCACAACUGCGAGUGAAACUAAUUACGAAAGUGAAAUAUCGCAAGCUCUGUCAAAAGUGCAUGUAAGUGGCCCUGGCAAAACCGAAAAGGACCAAGAUCAAGAAGACAGAAAGGACCUCUUUAAUAUAACUUGUGACACAAGUGCAACUGAUUCACAGACAGAUGACACUGAUAUUUCAAACUCAUCUUUACCACGUGCGCUUGGCCCAGAGGUAAACCUUCAGGAGUACGAUUUGUCCGAAAACGACAAGAAAGCUCUCGGUCUUGUGCAGCUUUCGUUUGACGACGCUCGCAAGUUAGAGGCGCAGACGGUUGGGCAGAGUCGCAAUAGUCUGUGGGGCAAAAGCCGAUUGAACAGGCUCACAGCCAGUAAUUUUGGCCUGAUCUGUAAGAGGAGAAGUUACACGGAGAAAUUUGCAAAAUCCGUCUUAACAGAGACGAAGGACUUGUCUCGUAUUCCAGCAAUCAAAUAUGGGCGGGAAAAUGAAGCAAAGGCAAUAGAGGUGUACCACAAGUAUAUGACAAAAGCCGGAUACAGGAUUAAAAUAUUGGAAAAUGGUAUUGUCGUGAAUCCAUCAUUUCCCUGGCUCGGUGCCUCACCAGAUGGGAAAAUCCUUGAUUCCAAUGCCGGUUUUGGCCUCUUAGAAGUAAAAUGUCCUGCAUCAUUCAAAGAUGUUGAUCCGCUUGAAGCAUGCGCCAGUAAGAAUUUCUAUUGUGAAUUGGUCGAGGGGAAACCAAGGUUGAAAAGAAAGCAUUCGUAUUUUUAUCAAGUUCAAGGACAAAUGGGUAUUUGUGGUGCACUCUGGUGCGAUUUUGUUGUUUAUACGAAAAGGGGCAUGAUUAUUUCUCGAAUCGAAUACGAUGAAGACUUCUGGAUGGAGAUUAUGAAGAAAAUGACAAUUUUCUACAUGACGUCUUGCUUGCAAUUGGUCUGCCACAACGAUUCAACUUAAGUAAAAUCAAGAAAACUUUUCUGCUUUUGCUUAAUAAUAGCAUUCUCUUUAAAACAGAACAGUGUGAAACCAAAUUACAGUAAUCUGGGUUUUUUGGUUUCCCAACUUGAUGUAAUAGUAUUAUACAAGCUACAGCGGUGCUUCUAAAGUAUUUCAAGAGGGUGUCCUAACUAAGGCAUCCGGUAAGGAAGGUUCCACUAUAGAUUGUUGCACUUGAUUGGGGAUAAUGUCACGAAGACGUUGCGUCACGUCACGUUACAGUAAUGUAAAACCGUCAGGCAGACGUUACAUAUUGCUUCACGCUUCACUCCUCACGCCUCAUGCUUCACGGUUCACUCGUGAACCGAAGAAUUAACAAGGUAUUUCAAUGAGCCGUUACAUAGGAAAUGAAAUGGCCAGGGCCAUUGUGCUCACCUCAUGUGGAGGAAAGAUGGAUAAAGAGCAUGGUAUUGUGUCAUGUAGUGUUAGGUUUGAUGUAGGUCCAAGCAAUUACAAUUUCCCCAAAAUGGCCAAUUUACAGUACAUUCGACCUCUGUGACCUUGAAAAGUAGGUCAAAUCAAAGAAGACCCGGGUGACACAUUGAAUGGUUGUUAGAAUUAGAUGUACCUAUGAUAUAAAAUUGGUG